AUGUCUGACCGGGUUACUACCAUCUUCGGCGCCAGGGGGAAGCUGCUGCAUUCCCUCCAGGUCUUGCUAAUUGGAGCGCCGGCCUUCGUCAUCUUCGGUUAUAACCAGGCCGGCUUGGGCCCUCUCGCGACUCUCAACAGCUGGGUGGCAACAUUCCCUGAUAUCGAUACCGUCCACACCACGGGCGUGGAGAAGAGCGAAAACUCGACCAAGAAGGGUGCUGUCAUUGCCGCCUUCCAGCUCGGAGCUCUUAUCGGAGCCCUUUCCACCACAUUCUUCUCUGACCGAUUUGGUCGCCGAAUGUCCAUCUUCAUUGGUGCGAUUCUCACUAUCAUCGGACAGGUCCUGCAGGUGGCAUCAUACAGCCUGCCUCAGUUUGUUGUCGGCCGUAUUAUCCUUGGUAUUGGCACUGGUCAGUUCAACGUUGCUGUUCCAGUCUGGCAGAGUGAAUCGUCCGCGGCCAAGAACCGCGGCCAGCAUGUUAUCAUUGAUGGAAUGUUCAUGUGUCUCGGUUAUGCCCUUUGCAACUGGAUCGAUUUUGGUCUGAGCCGGAUCGAAGAGAGCACGACGCAGUGGCGCGUGCCUCUGGCCAUCGCGCUCCUUCCCUCGCUCAUGAUCCUGUUUUCCGUCUUCUUGUUCCCCGAGUCUCCGAGAUGGCUUGUCCAAGCCAACCGCAUUGAGCUGGCUGAGCGGAGUCUCUCGGCCCUCAAGGGUGACGAGGCCUCGCCGGAAGAGAUCCGUGCGGAAAUUGCCGGCAUUCAAACCAGUCUUGAAUUGACCUCGCACGCCAAGGCCUCCCUUAUGGAGAUCUUCAGCAAGGACGACCAGGAUAAGCUGUUGUACCGCUUUAUCCUCUGCAUGAUGCUCCAGUUCUUCCAGCAAAUGUGCGGAGGCAACCUGAUUUCUGUAUACGCUUCCACCAUCUUCGAAGAGAACCUGGGCAUGAGUGAGAGCCUGUCCAAGAUCCUGGCCUCUUGCGCCUUGACGUGGAAGUUCCUUUGCUGCUUCAUCUCUUUCUGGGCAAUCGAUCGUCUCGGCCGUCGUAUUUGCUUCAUCGUUAGUGGUUCAGGAAUGGCCUGCUGCAUGAUGGCCAUGGCCAUCACCAAUAGUAUGGGCGAAGACAACAAGGGAGCCUCCAUCGCCUCUGCCGUCUUCAUCUUCCUCUUCAACUGCUUUUAUCCCAUCGGUUUCCUCGGAGGCAAUUUCUUGUACGCUUCCGAGGUGGCUCCAGCCCGUCUCCGUGUCGCCAUGUCUGCCUUCUCCGCGGCCAACCAUUGGCUGUGGAAUUUUGUUGUCGUGAUGGUGACCCCGGUCGCCCUCGACACGAUCGGGUACAAGUACUACGUCAUGUACACUGUCUUGUCGGCCUGCAUUCCGAUCUCCGUGUACUUCUUCUACCCUGAGACGAUGAACCGCAACCUAGAGCUGAUCAACCAGGUCUUCCGUGAUGCGUCGUCGCCGUGGGAGAUCGUCUCGAUGGCCCGCAAGCUGCCGCAAGGAGAAGUCGCUGAGGCGCAGCUCGCGGCCAUCCACAAGAAGGACGGCACCGAGCUGGAAAUGAAGGAAGAGGCAUAA